AUUUGAUUUUUCUCCCAACAAAAUUGGUAAAGUAAAAUAUUUAGGAUUAGGUCAUUAAUGCCCUCUGCUCGUAAUUUCACUUUUGACAUUUUCCCGACUGUGACAUUCUGGGAUCACAGUUUUGACUGACUGCAACUGGCGGAAGUUAAAAAAAAAAAGAAAAAAGAAAAUAAUUACGAACAAAGCGAAUUACUUUAAACUUUGGAUGGCAACAAGUUGAAAUCAAGCGAAAGAUACAGCCAACCUGAAAUACAAAUCUGCAUCUUAAUUAAAGAGGAGGCGAUCCCGUCACCGACCCUCCUACCUCACCCGAUCCACCCACGAGCCGCGACUCACCUUUGACUCACCUCCUUCAUAUACAAGCUUCACUCCUCAUUGCCCAUUGGUCCGUCACGCAGUCUCCUUCGCUGGCGUCGGUAGGUCGUUUUCCCGCACACAGGGCAUGGAGACGGUGUUUGGGUGAAUUCAAAGCAAAAUAGAAAGAAAAAACCCGGACAGAAAGGUAAUUGAAUUCCGAUACCGGAGUUGCGGAUCUGGCGGCGAAGUUCACUGCCGGCAAUACGAAUCGUGUAUAGAGGCAAAUUGAAUUCCCCCGCCGGAGUUGCCGAUCUGGCGGGAAAUUCCACUGCCGAUGAGACGGAACUAACCUCUUUGAUUAAUGCUUGGCUUGGAGGCAUUUUUUAUCAGAUACAAUUUUGGUUAGAGUGUCACAGUUUUGGGACAGACCAAUGACGAACGGGAUGAUAGAAUGCAGCGUCUGCCAUUCAAAGUUGGUUUCCCCUGCUGCCAAAACUGUGUCGAGGGCUUAUGAUAAAUACAAGAGCAGGGUAUCAUCCAAGCAACGUGCCCUCAACAUCAUCUUGGUUGUUGGUGAUUGUUUCCUAGUUGGUUUACAGCCUAUUCUGGUUUAUAUGUCCAAGGUGGAUGGGAGUUUCAAGUUUAGCCCAAUUAGUGUUAAUUUUUUAACAGAGGUUGCAAAGGUUAUCUUUGCUGUUGUUAUGCUCAUAUUGCAGGCUAGGCAUCAAAAAGUAGGGGAGAAGCCUCUUCUCUCGGUUUCCACAUUUGUGCAGGCAGCUCGAAACAACGUGCUUCUUGCUGUUCCAGCACUUCUUUAUGCUAUUAAUAACUAUCUAAAGUUUACGAUGCAGCUAUAUUUCAAUCCUGCAACAGUGAAGAUGCUGAGCAACAUGAAGGUUUUAGUAAUUGCUGUUUUGUUAAAGAUUAUAAUGAGACGCCGAUUUUCCGUAAUUCAGUGGGAAGCUCUUGCUCUGUUGCUCAUUGGUAUUAGCGUAAAUCAGUUGCGUUCUUUACCUGAAGGUACUACUGCUUUGGGUAUUCCUGUUGCCACAGGUGCAUACAUCUGCACGCUGAUCUUUGUAACUGUCCCAUCCAUGGCCUCCGUCUACAAUGAAUAUGCUCUGAAAAGCCAAUAUGAUACAAGCAUUUACCUCCAGAACUUAUUUCUGUAUGGGUAUGGUGCUAUAUUCAACUUUCUAGGAAUAUUGGGAACUGUAGUUAUCAAAGGUCCUAGUAGCUUUGAUAUCUUGCAAGGUCAUUCAAAAGCUACUAUGCUUUUAAUAGCUAAUAAUGCAGCACAAGGAAUUCUAUCAUCUUUUUUCUUCAAAUAUGCAGAUACGAUUUUGAAGAAGUACUCGUCGACAGUUGCGACAAUCUUUACAGGCAUAGCAUCUGCUGCUUUGUUUGGUCAUACUUUGACUGUAAAUUUUCUGUUAGGAAUUUCAAUUGUCUUCAUCUCGAUGCACCAGUUCUUUUCACCCCUAUCUAAAGUCAGAGACGAACAGCAAAAUGGGAAGCUGGAAUUGAUAGAUGUCCACAAUAACCACAGGUCAAAGGAUUCUUUUAUAAAUAUGGCAGCAGGAGCAAAUGAAGAGGCAAGUCAUCGUGUUGGAUCUGAUGAGAGACAGCCGCUUCUGCCCACCUAAAGUUACUUCUGAGAGCUUUUCUUUGAAGAAAUUCUUUUGGCAGGAUUUAUUGGAUAGUACAAAUGAGAGCCAGGUUUCCAACAGCUCUCAAUAGAAUAAAAUAUGGAGAAUAAUAGUCUUCUACUUCUUUGGGAUCCCUUGCCCGCUCUGGAAUUUUCCAAUUGGCGUUUAGAGCUUCUCAUGGAUGAAUUUGGGGUAUAGAAGAUGGUGGGUGACCUCGGAUUUUGCUGCUGGGGAUUUCGAUGAGAGACAUGGCUAGCUUCCUGCCCAGAUCUCCAGAUUGCUACCGGUUUUAAACAUACCAAUAUUAUCUUACUAGCGGUAAAUGUAUUCUUUUUUUUCAUCUUAGAUCAGAUUAUUCUUGACCCACAUUUCUUUCCAAUAUCUCGAUUUUUUGUCAUUAUAUAUUUUUAUAUAUAGAAAUUGUGUUUCGACGCGUUGA